AUGUUGGCCAUACUGAGACCUACUUGGAGGCCAUUGGCACGAGCAUUUUCACGUACUCCUGCCUCUGCCAAGGCCCUUAUAGUUAAAAAUCAGGAAGAAUUCCUAAACAAAGUGAUGCACAGUGACCUGCCAGUCAUCGUAAACUUUCACGCAGAAUGGUGUGAGCCGUGCAAGAUACUCUCACCACGCCUCAAGGAACUGGUUGAACCCCUCGAGGACAUAGUGCUUGCAGUUGUUGAUGUCGAAAACAAUGUAGAUCUUGUGCACACUUUUGAGGUGAAGGCUGUACCAGCAGUAAUUGCAAUCAGAAAUGGAAUAGUGGUGGACAAAUUUAUAGGACUAGUAGACGGUGAGAUGAUAGACAAGCUGAUUGCUGAAUUAUCCCGAGGAGCCAAGCCUGAAUCUGACGGUAGUGACAGCAAGCAGUGA